GCUCUUCACAGCUUUAGCAUAGAAAACGAAUGUUUUAUUGCGUUCAAUUGAAAUUUAAAAAAAAUUGAUAUGUAAUGUUCAAUUUCACAUAAUAAAAAUUGACAUGUUUACCAUGUUUUUUAAAACAUAGAGAGUUUGAAGUAAGAAACAAAAAAUACACCCUUAUAGUAAAAGCGGAAAUAGAAUUGAAAAGCAGGAAAACGCGAAUUGACAGUUGUUUACAAAAUUAAGAACAGUGUUUUGAGACUUUUACAAAUUUGUCAAGAUGGCCACUUCUGGAACUGAGAAUGAAUGGAGUGACAUAAAAAGAGAACAUAGAUAUUCUAGAGGAAUAUCACAUUCAGCAAAGGUGUUCAAGAGAGAACCAGAUAAGAGAGUGUUUGUUAACCGCAGCCUUAUGUUGGAGAAGGUCAAGUUCUUCGGUUUCGACAUGGACUACACACUGGCAGUGUACAAGUCCCCGGACUACGAGGCCCUUGGGUUCCAGCUGAUAAAGGAGAAACUAGUGGAGAUAGGCUACCCAGAGGCCCUGCUGGAGUUUGAGUAUGACCCCACCUUCCCAAUCAGAGGCCUGUGGUUUGACCAGCUGUAUGGGAAUCUUCUCAAGGUGGACCCAUUCGGAAACAUCCUGGUGUGUGUGCACGGAUUCGAGUUCCUGAAAGGGACGGACAUUCACGAGAUGUACCCCAACAAGUUUGUGCAGCUGGAUGAGAAUAGGUUCAGAAUCUUCAACACACUCUACGAACUGCCAAUCAUGUAUGUGCUGGCAUGUGUGGUGGACCUAUUCUGUCAUGAUCCAGAAUACAUCAGGUGCCCGACAGGGAUCCAGUCAGGUGACCUCAACAUGACGUACUCGUCCAUCUACCAGGAUGUCAUGCAGGCCACAGACAUCGUCCACGGGAAAAAUGGCCCCCUGAAGAAGGAGACGAUGGCCAACCGAGAGAAGUACGUGCUCAAGGACAGUCGUCUUCCCCUGCUCCUGGACAGAAUGCGACAUCAUGGGUCGAAAAUCUUCCUUGCCACCAAUAGUGACUAUGUUUAUACUAAUACUAUUAUGGAUUACUUGAUGGAUUAUCCGUCAGAGAAUGGUCGUCCCAAGCGAGACUGGGUCUCGUAUUUCGACUUUGUCGUCUGUGAUGCCAAGAAGCCUCUUUUCUUCAGUCAAGGGACAUUACUCAGACAAGUUGACAGAGUAACAGGAGCACUGAAGCUCGGCACACACACAGGAGUGAUCAAAUCUGGCCAAAUAUACUCUGGAGGCUCGGUGGAGGUGUUCACAGAGAUCAUGGGCUCCCAUGAGAAGGAGGUGCUCUACAUCGGGGAUCACAUUUUCGGGGACAUCCUCAAGUCCAAGAAGCUCAAGGGCUGGCGCACGUUCCUCGUGGUUCCUGAGUUGGCCCAGGAGCUGCUUGUGUGGACAGACAAGAGGGACCUGUACUCCAAGCUGGAGGACCUCGACUUUCAGAUUGGAGAACUGUACAGGAAUCUGGACAGCGCGUGUGAGAAAGGGCCGGACAUCACGAAGAUUCAGUCCAGUAUCAAGAGUGUGACCCAUGAGAUGGACAUGUCCUAUGGUAUCCUGGGCAGCCUGUUCCGCAGUGGCAGUUGGUACUGGGAUCCAGACUCACAAGUACAUGGUUCACGGCAGACGUUCUUUGCGUCGCAGGUGAUGCGCUACGCCGACCUCUAUGCCGCGUCCUUCCUCAAUCUCCUGCACUAUCCCUUCUCCUACGUGUUCAGAGCACCUGCCAUGCUGAUGCCUCACGAGUCCACAGUGGGUCACGAAGACAUCUUGCCCUCCAAUGAAAUCAUUACUUCGAGGUCUCGUACAAUAACGGAGGAGGACCUGCAACAAGUGUUGUCACAGACAACUAUAACCCCCAAGCGUCCGCCCAUUGAACGCUCAGACACCCUGAAGGAAAAUCUCCGCCGAUUCGCGGACACGCCCCGCCAGUUCACACAGGUCCAGGACGAUGAUAUCGACGGCCCUAAGGAUAGCGGUAAGGAACUCACGCCUCCAAAAGAGGAGGAGGAAACACCCCCCAUUAACACAACGAAUGAAGUCGUUGUGCAGGGCUAGUGGGAUGAUGAACUAAUGACCAUGGUUGUUGGUUACUGUUUGGAAAGACACAAUUAAGUUUUAGAUAGCAUCUGUUGGUUAUAAGACAAUUUACACAUUUUAGUUAUCAUAUGUAAGUUAUUAGAUGUUUAACACCUUUUUAAAUAUGUCAUCUUGUUGAAAGUUACUAUUUUAUUAGAAGUUUAGAAGUAAUGCUUUCCGCUGCCAUGAGACCAUAAACUACUGACAGUUGGUUGCUGAUUGCUUUUAUAAAAGUUUUAUAAGAAAUUUUAGUUCAUUUGUUGGUUAUUAGAAGAUAAACGCAUUUUAAAAGAUAUCAGCUUGUUUAUGGUAAAUGUAUUGUUAGAAGUUAAGAAGUAAAGCGCUCCGCUGCCAUGGCUAUCAUUUUGGACGAUGAUCAAUUUCAAUGUUAAUGUUUGUUGUUGUUUGUUUUUGCCAUACACUUGUAAAAAUCUCAUUACUAUUGAUAAUGUUGCUUGCACAGUUUAAUUUUUGUGGUUCUUAUUGACAUAUCAGUUCAAUGUAGCCUUUGACAGGCCCUAACUCAGAGAGCAGAAAUAUGCUGGGUUACUGUGAGAUACCAACAACAAAAUGUACUUUUUCGUGAUUUUUUAAGAUCAUUUUUUCUGAGAAGUUACGUGCCAGUGAAGGAACCAGUUAAGCUCGUUUCAAUUAUUGGGAGAUUGAUUUUAAUUAUUUUCUUUUUUGUUAUUAAAAUGUCUUGUGAAAAUAUUUUAAUGUUGGACAAUCUUUCUAAUGCUUCCAAUUUUAACUAGAAAAAUUUGUUUCAUUUUUGUAGCGUGAUUUGUGGAGUCCAUGCGGAAAUGUGGAGAAAUGCUGGACAUGCAAUGUGUGUAUGUUAUCCUAUGUUCCAUGUUGAUUGUUCAGACGUUCUCAAGUUAAUGUUUCCAAUUUAAAUCCACACCAAUUUAAAUCCACAGUUUUGUUUGGAUUUAUAAGAUAAUCAUUACUGGUCUAGUCUGUCAUUAGUUUGCUUUACUUAAUAUCAUUUUAUUUUUAUUUUACAUGUUAUUGUUUUCUUUCAUGUUAACAUUUUUUUAUAAACUUAUGUUAUUUUUUCAUUUUUGUUGUUUGCUAUAUUUUAUAAGUAGGGAUAAUUGAAAUCAAGAAAAUUUUUGUUUUUAGACAAUGUAUAAAGUCUAUGCAGGCUUGUAAUAUUCGGAGUGUAAUUUAAACGCUAUUUAAAUAUUUAGUGUUUUUUCUGUUAUCGAUAAUAAGCAGUACAAACGCUUAAUUACUUAACUGAUGUCUCUUCAUUGCCAAUUGUUUUUAUACAAACAUAUAUUUUAACCCUUUCAGUGCGGGAACCGAAUUUUAAAGGCCUUUGCAAACAGUUUGGAUCCAGAUGAGAUGCCACAGAACGUGGCGUCUCAUCUGGAUCCAAACUAUUUGCUAUUCUGAUAGUAUUCUUUGAAAAAAAUCAAAGAAAAUGCUAAUUUUAGAAAUUCAGCAGACGACAUUUUAGCAGACGACAAAUUUCCCAGCAUGCAAAGGGUUAAACACUUUUCUUAGUCAGGAUAGGCAUUGCUUGUUUGAAUAAAAUGCAUGCAUUCUUUUUAAAUUUGUGACCAUUUUUUUUUAAAUUGUAAUUUAACCAUACUGUGCACAAGUCCUGUCAUCUGUUACCAGUACAUAUGUUCUUAUAAUCUGACAUUAAGUCCUCAUCAGGUCACUGACUCGACUGUUGUCAUGGUUUAGGCAUACGUAUUUUAAUAUCAAAAACAACCAUUUUUAUUCUUUUUUUUCAGAAUUCUGAAAAACAAUUUUAUCUGAUUGGUUGAUUGGCAACUUCCGGAGUAAUGUGAUACAUUGUUAUAAAAGUUGUCGGAACAAUUUAUGUUGAUAAAUGUUUGUUGUAUGUUGCUAUAAGUCGUUUUAAUGUUGGUGCUGGUUUUUUAGUUGCUUUUGCUUUUUGUUAUACACAUACUUAAGUUUUAGAUUUUUAAAAUAGUUUAAUGAUUUUAACACUACUUAAUAAAUAUCCAGUAUUAUAAAUAUUUACAUAUCUUUUUUUAUCCAAUAUACAAUGCAGGCCCAGUUUAUAACUUUAAAACUGUGUGGUUAAAAAUGUUUUAUGGAAUGAACAUGUAGAUAAAAAAGAACACUUAAUAUUGUAAGGAAUGCCAGGAUUAUUCGGCUAUAUUAACCAUUUACCUCUUUAUUAUGUAUUUUGACGCAUGUGUGGUCACUUAGAAAGUUAAAUUUAAUUGUAGACCUUUCUUACAAGAUUCGUGUUUUAAAGGCAUCAAUUCUUACCCUUUGAUAGUGAUGAGCAGCAAACAGCAUACAACCUGAACAGACUGCAAGUUACUCCCAGGCUGUUCUAGUUUUAUGCAAAAGUCAUUUUCACUUUGCUUCUUAUGGGGGAAAGGGUUAAGAAUGUAUAGUACUAGGUUCCAGAAUGUGAAAACUGCACUAUUGUCAUGAUAUUUUACACUUACAAGGUAAUUUGUGAAUACAUCCACAGGUAUACAUUUGUUUUCUAGUUCUGUUUGUUGCUUUGAAAUCCCCAAAAUUGUAUACAGACAUGUUAUGUUAUGAUUGUAAUAGACUCUCAUCAAACUACCAUAAAUCCUCUUGAAUCACAUUAUAUUAUGCAUUUUGUUUAUCUUUUUUUUGUAAAAACAUCAAAUACUGGUACCAUUGUUUUGUUUGUUUUAUUGUAUUUUCAAAUUCAAUAGGUGUUCAAAAUAUUGAAACGGGUGGUUAUACUGUAAAUUACUGUAAUUUGAUCAGACUUUGAAGCACAUGCAGUGAAAGACCAAACGCUUGCCAAUCAUGAGCCUGUAUGUUCAUUUCUGCAUCGAAUAUUAAUAUGUGUAAAAUGCAUCACUUCAUCCACUGAACCGCUGCAUGCAAAAAUGGUUCUUAUGCAAUAUGCGUCAAGUGUAGCUCCAGACAAGCCUGCGCAUCAGUCUAAUCUGGUUUGGAGCUACCCCGUCUGCUUAUGAGGUUAGGAAACCUUUCAUGACUUUAUAGGGGACAGCAGCUGGUCUGGAGCAAUGAUGGGCAAAUAGGCAUAAGAAUCAUUGUCCCAUGAUACUGCUCACAUGUGAUUAUAGAUUUAAAGUUUUACCCCUUUGACAAGUUUUCUUUGUACAUACAAACAUUAUAAACCUUUUAUAUAAAACAUUAUAUAACCUAUAAUCCAUCUUUAUUUAUCCCCCCACAAACAAAGUUUAGGGGGGUAUAUAGGAGUGAGCUUGUCUGUCGGUCUUUGGUCGGUCCGUAUUAAGUGUCCCCUCUCUAAUUCAAGUAGUUUUCAUCCGAUCUUCACCAAACUUGGUCAGAAGUUGUAUCUACAUAAUGUCUAGGCCAAGUUCAAACAUGGGCCUUGUCGGGUCAAAAACUAGGUCACGGGGUCACUUAGUGCGUUUUAAACAUUCAGCAUGUUGUCCGCUCUCUAAUUCAAGAAGUUUUGAUCCGAUUUUCACCAAACUUGGUCAGAAGUUGUAUUUAGAUGAUCUUAAGGUCAAGUUCGAACAUGGGCCUUGCCGGGUCAAAAACUAGGUCACAGGGUCACUUAGUGCGUUUUAAACAUUCAGCAUUUUGUCCGCUCUCUAAUUCAAGUAGUUUUCAUCCAAUCUUCACCAAACUUGGUCAGAAGUUGUAUCUAGAUAAUCUUAAGGCCAAGUUCGAACAUGGGCCUUGCCGGGUCAAAAACUAGGUCACCGGGUCACUUAGUAUGUUUAACACAUUGAGCAUGUUGUCCGCUCUCUAUUUCAAGUAGUUUAAAUCCGAUCUUCACCAGACUUGGUCAGAAGUUGUAACUAGAUGAUGUGUAGGUCAAGUUCGAACAUGGGCCAUGCCAGGUCAAAAACUAGGUCACGGGGUCACUUAGUGUGUUUUAAACCUCACCAUGUUGUCCGCUCUCUAAUUCAAUUAGUUUUUAUCCAAUCUUCACCAAAGUUGGUCAGAAGUUGUAUCUUGAUAAUGUCAAGGGCAAGUUUGAAUAUGGGUCAUGCCGGGUCAAAAACUAGGUCACGGGGUAUCUUAGUGCAUUUUUUAACAUUCAGAAUGGUGUCAGCUCUCUAAUUCAAGUAGUUUACAUCCGAUCUUCACCAAACUUGGUCAGAAGUUUAAUGGAGAUUAUCUUAAGGCCAAGUUAGAACAUUGGCCUUUCUGGGUCAAAAACUAAGUCAAUGGGUCACUUAGUGCGUUUUAAAAAUUGAGCAUGGUGUCCGCUGUUUUUUGUGAAGACAACAUGAAAAAUAUUAUGUGUCAAUACAGCAUGUGGGGGUAAUCGUCAUGUCUGUGACAAAGCUCUAGUUUCCUUUGUUUUGAGCUGUUUUUGAAAUCACACCCUAUCAGCUUAUUGGUUUCUUUCAAGUAUUUUUACAGGAAUUUCCAAUGGAGCACUUUUGAAACAGUUUCCUUUAUUUGCAUUUAUAUAUAACAGUAGUGGAAGUUUUCACCUUAUAACAUACAUUUUUUAAACAAAAACAAAGAUCAUUGCAAGUAUCAUAAAAGCUUCUCAAAUUGGAAAAAAUGGUUCUUACAGAAAAGAAAGCAAUCUCCAUGCUUACCUUAAAUCACAAAUUGUUAGAUUUUGUAAUUAUUUCAAUGCUGUCAUUAAGGAGUUGAUGUUUUAACAGAUAAACAGCCAAAGUAUUAAUUCUUUCAGCCUCUGCUGAUGGUUAUGUAUUAUAUUUGUUAAGUUACUUUUGUCCAUAUUUGCAUGUUUGUAUAUGUCUACAGAUAUGUUAUUGCUUCUAAUCAGUCUAUACAUAGAUAUUUAUAAACAGAUCUGCAUGUGUGCAUUGUAUUAUAGACAUCUUCAUAUUUUUUUAAAUUUUAAUGUCAUUCAGAUGCAGUGUAGAAACAUGUUCCAUGUUAUUGUGAUCACCAGCAUGCAAAUGUACAGCUUUAAGUCUUAAUUUGUUAUUCGGCAAUAUAUUCAUUAAUAAAUCUAGAGAUAAUUC